AAAAUUUGACUAAUGGAGAAAAAGGAACUUAGGAGUAUGGUCAAGGAGUACUUGAAGAAUGGGGGAAAGCAGUUUUUGGAAAAGGAGCAAGGGGAGAAACAGAGAGGAGAUGGGAAAGAGUUCGACAAGGUUGUUAAGCCACGGAAGAUGAAGAAAUAUAAGAAUUAUUUAUAACUACAAAAUACAAGAUAUCCAACAUAAAUAUGUCAAACUAUCUCAAUAAUCACCAACUUCAGAUAAAUCAGCCUCAAGAACUUCCAAAUUCUCAAAGAAAUAUCAAAUCAACGCACUCUAGAUCGAAUUGCCUUCCAUAUCUUAAAAGCCCUCCAAGAAUCUCCCCUAAAGGGAGCAAGAAAAUCACUGCAAGAUCAGAUUUAAACCUAACUUUCAUGGUCCAUAGACCGAAUAAAUCGUUAAAUUUUGGAAUAAAGAAGAGAUCCAAAAACAAUCAAGCUAAGAAACUUAGCGUGAUCAAGAGAGAAGUAAAGAAGAUAGCUAACAUAUUGGGGAAGAUGGAUGACCAAGACAAGGCUUCUGCUUGGAGUAGUCUAGGGUUUAAGAGGGAGGAACUAAGGCAGAAGUCUGAGGGCAGUGAGAGUGAGGAUGGAGGUACUGGGGGUACUGGGGAUGAAGAGGAUCCGUCAGCGAUAGAGGUGAUAAAGGCUUCCAAGAUGUUUCUCUGAGAGAUUAUCAAGUUUAAUGAUUAUUACUCAAAUAAAAUGGAUAUUGCGAAUCUUCUAAAAAUGGUUGGAGAUAUAUGAGUUAAGGCAAGAGAUAUCGAAGCUGAUGAAAUCAAUGAGAGCAGUUUUGACGGAUACAGAACAUUCAAUUGCACAACGUUUAACAAGGAAACUAGAAAUUUUAAUGACACUAGCAUAAGCCCGCUAGUCAACAUUCAAACCCAUCACCAAGACGAUAACUCUGGAUCUUUUCACCAACCCACAGAAGAAUAUUCCUUUAAUAACACCAAACUGAGCACCAACCCCAGCUGCUUCUCCAAAAAGACAUUCUCCCACUUCUACAAAACAUUUAACUCAAAUUCCAAAACUCACUCCUCGUUCUACUCCAAAGGAGGAAAGAAGGGGCUGUUGAAACAGAACAAUUCUGAUUUUGAAAGAAGGCCAGGGCUUAAGGCAAGAGAGGAAAGAGGAAUGCACAAGAAGGUCAGGUUUGGAGAGAAUUUUGAGGGAUAAGAAGGGUUUAAGAG